UGGAUCUGGUGCUGAAAGAAGUGAAGUACUAGCAGGCACGACUGCCGGAGCGCCCGGUGCGCGGUGCGAAGAGUGAGAGAAAAGUGUGUUAAGAAAGAGGGAAGGAGAAGAAAGAGAAGGAGAGCAGGGGACCGUGCAGCCCUCUGUACUAAUGGACCAUAAGGAUAUUUAACCAUUUGCCCGGGGAGCGCACAGACACCGCAGUCCAUGCCUCUGCCUUGCCAGGUCAUUGAUGGGAAAUCAACUGGAUCGGAUCACCCACCUCAACUACAGCGAGCUGCCCACGGGGGAUCCGUCCGGGCUGGAGAAGGACGAGCUUCGGGUCGGCGUCGCCUACUUCUUCUCUGACGAAGAGGAGGAGGUGGACGACCGCACUCCGUCCGACUGCAGCUUCACCAAGGAACACAGCCCGGCAGAGGAGGGACCCUUCUCGGUCAGCGAGGUGGAGUACUCAGCCUUCUGCUCCCAGGAAUGCAUAUUCUCCAAGCUGCGGGAGAACGAGGACUUGAAUGUGUACUCAGUCAAAACUUUGCUGACUAUGUGCAAACCGGGGGACCUGCUGGAGCUGGUGGCCACAGCGCAAGCCCCCCACUGGGCCAUCUACGAGCAGGACGACCAGGUCAUUCAUCUGCACAAGGGCGAGAUCCGCAAGGACAGCCUGCUUGAAAUCAGCAACGGCCGCCACGGGAGGAUAGUCAACAAUCGGUACCGGUACCGACCGCUUCCUCCUGACCUAGUGAUGCAGAACGCAGUGGGACACCUGGGCCUGAGCAGCAAGGAGAUAUGCUGGACCAACGCGGAAAGUUUCGCAGCUUGGUGCCGCUUUGGGAAACGGGAGUUCAAAGCUGGGGGAGAGGCACACUCGGCGGAGCAGCAGUAUUUCCUCAAAGUGCAUCUGUCCGGCAGCGGGGUUCACACUCUGGUCUUUCGCAGCUUGGAGGACAUGAUCCGGGAGAGGAGGCGAGUGGACGCCAGUGGAAUUCUCAAAGAGCUGUCUUUGGUUAACGGGGGCAAGGAGUGAUUAGGGAUUCCGUUUGAUAUCCUCUCCUCGAACCCCCAUCUGCCCCCUUCCCCCUCUUCCCCGCUGCGCACGGACGCACAGUUUUGCGCACACGCAAACGUACUGGCACACACGCACACAAGCACACAGACGCACACACAAGCAAGGACCUGUUGGGUUUGGACUGUUUACCACGGAUGCGCCCCGAGCUGCGUCUGGACCGCAAGCGCUCAGUGGAAUUUCCAUCAAAUUGCAGAGUGUUGAAAACUGAGAGACAGCGGCCAUGUAAACAGACAACGCCCCAUCAGAUAAGAAUUCGUGCUGAGUGGGACACACGAUUUCUGCUAAACCCAUUUCCCCAAACAGCAAAAAUCACCUUUAAAGACCGCACAUAGCGCACACGGCUCGGUUUGGUUUUCUGUUUAAUUUCUCGGGAUAAUGGAAUUGGCCCCCUCUCGGCGUAUGGGCGCGUGCUGCGGCAGACCAGACGGUGAGAGACGGGGGAAGAUGAAAGAUAGGAUCUGGGAUGGCUCUCUAAAAGUCUCCCUUCUAUUUUUUUACUGUUAGCUUUAAGACCGGGACUGACCGUAACACAGAUCCACUAAAUCAUAGACCUCUGACAGUCCCAGAUGGCUACGCAGUUGCCUAAACAAAGCAGUUGGCUUGUUCAAGCUCCCCUUUUGCCAUAACAAGAGUAUUGUCAUUCUCACAAUGCUGCCAUCCUGCUCCACAGCACUGGAUGUAUGUGUAAAUUGUAUUCAUAUAUUGAUUUCAAUUUGAGUCCCUUAUUUUUGUAUUUAAGUUUAGUGGAUUUAACCCUGAUCUCUUUUUUUGGUUCAAAUAAAUGGAGGUUGAAAUAUGAAAAUAAGCACUUGGUCUGGCAGGUGUUGUUUGGUCACAUAUAAUUACUGACACACAAACGCAUGAUCUCUCACUCUCACACACAUGCACACAGAGGGAUGUGUAAAUUAUUUAUACUCUAGUGCUUCCUGACCUGCCUCCAGCCAAAUGGGCUUCAUAUAUCUCCACAGUAUUUGGAGGCAGUAAAAUGGUCAUCUGCAUCAAACCCAUCAAGGCUUUAUGAAAAAGCUAUAUUGGAUCUGGAAGCAUAUAUAGGCAGCUGUGUGUCAAUGUGAACACACAGUAUUAGGCCAAAGGCUAUUUUUCCUUGUUUUUUUCCUGCUGUUAUUUAUACAUUCACAGGCAUGUUGAGCUCUAGAUUAUAUGUUCUUCCUUUCUUUCAAUCGCAUUACCACACUGCACAUGUUCUGACAUCACAUUUCUCAACUGCAUUGUGGACAAGAUGUCUUCCAAGUAAUGCUUAUCAUGAGGAAACACAUUGUGUUCCUUUGGCACCUGUGUUGUAUUAGUCUGCAGUGGCUUUAUCUCUGGAUUGAUGUUUUGACUCCUCUGCUCUGAGAGUCAGACGGUGCCUCCCCUUCCUCCUGUGACCUGCUGUUGUAUCGGUGAAGGUGGGAUUAAUCACCUCGAUCUAACUUCUCAUGUCCCCUUACUCUUGCUUAAUUGCGUCUGUAAGGACUAGAGAGUGGAUUUAUGGAAAGGUUCCUCUGUAACGUGUGUCUUUGUUCUGCCUGGCAGCCUGCUACACCUGUGAUUGGCCGUUGAAUGUAUACAUGAGCUUCAGAGGAUUUCACAAUGUAAUGUUGAAGCUGAAUAGCUUGCCUGUUUCAUUCCUGAAUCCUCACCUAUAGGAUUCUCUGGUUUUUAGCCACAAUGUGGCCAUAAAUAACCGGGCUGCAGCUGGAAUGGCAGACAAAGAGUUUAUAUGUGUGUGUGUGUGUGUGUGUGUGUGUUUGUGUGGGAGAGAGGGAGCAUUUUAGGUCCAGCAUGCAUGCAGUGUGUGUGUUUGUCUCGAUAAGGGUCUGAAUUGGUUUGGUGUAGGUGAUGUUUGUUGAACAGUUCAAUCAGACCCAGGUCUUCUCCAGCGACAGAUGUUGCGAUCUCAGCCCUCAGACAUGUUUCAUGUCAAAAUACAGACUAAUAAGCCUGUGAAUCUUGUAAAUUUGCCUUGAGAAGAUAUUCUCAAGCUAUUGACCCAAAUACUUAAUUCUAUCAGCUUUGCUGUGAUUAUAUUGACACACUUCUUCUCUUGUUAGCUCCCUUCUCCUCUAAUUCUCCUGUUGGCUGGCAUUUCUCCACUCUUGCUCUGUAUUGCUUUACUCUCCUCACUUAUGUUUCUCAUUGUUUCACCAAGGCCAAAAAUCUGCAUUUUCCAUUCCAUUCCUUUUACUGCCACCACAGCAAAACCACACUUACAUCAAAUUCUGUUCCGAUACCCGCUUUUCAUUUGUAAAGUUGGCAAAAACAGAAAUCACGUUUGCAGAAGUAUAAACACAGAUGUUUCAGAUUUGAAAUAGGCACUUUAGUAAUAAUUUAAACACAUUAGAAUCCUCUAAACAUGUCAUUCUUGCUAACGAACAUCUAUUCGGGUUGGAUUUACAAAAACAUAAAUUUACCAUUGUUUUAUCUCCUUGUUUUCUUCUGAUUUACCCUCUGAUGAUUAUUCUGUCUGCUUCUGUACAUUUCUAAAAGGCUCUAUGUUUAACUGAAGUUUCCCCAAGUGGGUUAUUGUGUGUGUGUGUGUGUGUGUGUGUGUGUGUGUGUGUGUGUGUGUGAGAGAGUGCGUCAAACAUCCCCCUGUGACUUUAAAAAACAGGGUACUAGGGCAGCCGGUGUUAGAGUUUGUAUGUGUGUUUGUGGUCAGUGACUAAUAGGCCUCGGAGAAAGAUUUACUGGUGUGUGUGUGUGUGUGUGUGUGUGUGUG